GAGCCUCUCUGCUGGUUUCCACUCGUCACGUACAGUCAAAAUGAGGAGGAGGGAAGCAGCCCUUUGCAAGCAGCAAUCCACACCUUGCCUUGGGAGAGGUCAGCGGCUAUUAUCUUUCCACCCAGCGACUGUCAGCGGGCUGUCGACAGCAUCUAUUUAUAUUAUAGCCACACUGUUCACCUAACAUCCUCCGAGCUACUGUAUAAGAGGUGGCUAACGCUUAAACUAUGAGUGCAUAAACAAAAUAGAAAUACAAGCAGUCAUCACAAUUUGAUCGUGUACCUUAACGUUCUGGCUAUUGAGUACACAGUAAAAGUAAUACAGUGGUGCUUUCAGAUAUGAGUUCCCGGUUUAAGAGGUUUUCGAGAUACGAGCGUCGUUCAGUCGAUUCUUUGCUUUGACUUGUGUGCCCAGAUUUGAGAUGCGAGCGCUGUAUGGUGGCAGUGAACUCAACUGUACUCACUGCAGUUUGGCAGAUAGGAAACGAUUCGUCAAAAAGAGGCUUCAAGCUGUUUAUUGGCACGCCCAGUUGAAACGUUGCUGUCCGACUAAAUAUAAAACAAAGAGAAUUGCAGUGUUCCCUUGCUAUAUCACUUCUGAGCCCAAAACAUUCAAACUUGUUAAAGCACUAAGAUACUUUCCAAUUUCAUGCAUUAUUAAUUCACUCCUCAGUCACACCCUAGUGGUGGUAAGCUACUUCUGUCAGCACAACUGCCCCGGGGCAGUCUGACGGAAGCGCGGUUGCCAUUCUGCGCCUACGGCCGCCACCAAUCGUCCAACCACAUUCAUUCGUAGACAAUGUGGUUUAAGUGUCUUGCCCGGGGACACAACGAUGACAUGCACUCAGGCGGGGGUAUGAAACGGUGACCCUCCAGUUACAGGGCGUACGCUUACCCUCUGCACCAUGCCGCUCAGCCUUAAAAUAUGUAUAAAUCAUUUUUAAAAAUAUGUAGUCGCUACAUAGCAGAUUUCAUCUAUUGUGGGGGUUGGCCAGGAACCUAACCCUGCAAUAAACAAGGGAUUACUGGAUAUGUUGUGUACUAAACCAAAUCACCUUAGGAAAGCCUGUUUAGGUAAUCCUAACAAACAAUUCAAAAGGCAAUAGACAGCCUAACAGGUACUGUAUUUCCGUUUAGCUGCAUUAUACUGCCACCAGGUGGCCAAAGUGCGCACACCAGAAGGAGCAGACCAAUAGCCAUUGAAAGCAAAAAAGUAGCAAAAACUAUUCUAUUUAACUAUGUCUUUACUGUAUGCUUUUUAAAACUGUGCAAUAUUGGAGUGCCGUUUUCCUUAUUAAAAAACAUGACAAAAAUAUUCGUUUUUUUGGGGGGGAAACUGGAACAGUUUAACAGCCUUUCAAUUCAUUUCCAUGGGAAGAGAUGAUUUGAGUGACUGCAGUAUCGAGCAUGGUGAGAACGAACUGAGCAAAGGUCUCUUCUCAUGGUUUCAAUGCCACCUAGAGAGCCUCGCUUUCUUUUGCGGCCCCACCCCCAGUUGUGACAUCGCCACCUGAUUUAGCUGCCCCCCUGUUGCCGCAACACUUCCAACGGCCCAAAAUAGAGACGGGAGGAUGGACACGCGAGACGGCGGCGGCAUUACUGCCGCCACCUGACCGAGUACACAGUGAGGAGAAAGAUACAGCCGAGAACGUGUCAGCUCGCGGAAGUGAGCUAGACAUUUCUAGAAGAGGCCAGAACAAACUAUAUGAGCCUUCAGCCAAACGGGUGAACGCGUAGAAGAAGGCAACAUGGCCCAAAACACCACAGAAGAGAUGCCGCGGCUCUUCCCGAAAAUGUCCAUGAGCGAGGUGGACGAGAAGGUGCGUCUGCUGGCCGAGAAGGUCUACGCCUCGGCCCUGAAGGAGGAGGACACCAAGGAUGCCAUGGCCCUCUUCAACGUGCCUGAGGACUGUCCCAUCGGUCUGCGGGAGGACCGGGAGCGUGCACUGCAGAAGGAGCUGGCCGAGCAGCAGUCCAAGGAGACCGUCAAGAGGAAGAAGAACUUCAUGAUGAAGCGUUCCCAGUCGCUGUCCCUGCAGAUUCCCACUGGCGACUGGAGCCUGCUGGCGCAUUCGGCUGCACUCUCGCCGACCACACCGGAGCCUGUCUUUUCAAAGACCUUCCCCGACUUCCAGAGGGUGACCAUUAGUGGAGACUACUGCGCCGGGAUCACCGUCGAGGAUUACGAGCAGGCGGCCAAGAGCCUCCUGAGAGCUCUAUUCAUUCGGGAAAAGUACUCUCGGCUGGCAUACCACCGUUUUCCCAGGACGAUAGCCCGCUUCCUCCGAAACACAGAGGGGGAAAAGUGGCGAGAGGAGGACGAGGUCUUGCCAGACAUCUGGCCGUUCCCCCGUGAAGACGAGGACUUGUAUUCCAUGGAGGGAAUCCCAGAGAACCUGGACUAUGAGCUCCAGAUGAAGGACGGCAUUGUUCACGUUUACGACAACGCCGAGGCUCUGAAACAGCAACGGCCUCGCACGCUUCCUUACCCUGACUUGGAGACCUUCGCCAUAGACCUGAGCCAUGUACUUGCCAUGAUUGCUGAUGGCCCCACGAAGACCUACUGCCACAGACGACUGAACUUCUUGUACUCCAAAUUUUACCUUCAUGAAAUGCUGAAUGAAAUGGCUGAAAUGAAGGAGCUGAAGAGUGUGCCUCACAGAGACUUCUACAAUGUCAGAAAGGUGGACACGCACAUACAUGCCGCUGCCUGCAUGAACCAGAAGCACUUGCUGAAGUUCAUCAAGACCACAUACCAGAUGGAGAAAGGCCGCGUGGUCCUCGAGAAGGGCGGCCAGAGGUUUACGCUGGAACAGGUGUUCAAAAGCCUCCAUAUGGACCCCUACGACCUUACCGUAGAUUCUCUGGACGUGCACGCUGGAAGACAAACAUUCCAUCGCUUUGACAAAUUCAACUCUAAGUACAACCCGGUGGGAGCCAGCGAACUACGAGAGAUUUACCUCAAGUCCGACAACUACAUUGAGGGAGAGUACCUUGCACGUCUCAUCAAGGAAGUGGCAAAAGAGCUGGAGGACAGCAAGUACCAACAUGCCGAGCCUCGUCUGUCAAUUUACGGACGAUCUGCCAGCGAGUGGGCGGGCCUUGCCACCUGGUUCAUUCAGCACAAAGUACACUCGCCCAACCUGAGAUGGAUGAUCCAGGUCCCCCGUAUCUAUGACAUCUUCAGGUCAAAGAAGCUGAUACCAAACUUCGCCAAAAUGCUGGAGAAUAUCUUCCUCCCCAUCUUUGAGGCCACAGUAAACCCACAAAAGCACCCAGCACUUCAUGUUUUCCUAAAAUACGUGACGGGAUUUGACAGCGUGGAUGACGAAUCCAAGCACAGCGACCACAUGUUUUCCUACAAAAGUCCAAAGCCCGAGUCGUGGACCGCAGAUGAUAACCCGCCAUACACCUACUACCUGUUCUACAUGUACGCCAACAUCAUGGUGCUCAACAACCUGCGCAAGGAGCGUGGAUUGAACACCUUCCAGUUCCGUCCCCACUGCGGCGAGGCAGGCUCUAUCACACACUUGGUGUCCGCCUUCCUAACGGCGGACAACAUCUCCCACGGCCUCAACCUGAAGAAGAGUCCGGUGUUGCAGUACCUCUACUACCUGGCGCAGGUUCCCAUCGCCAUGUCGCCACUGAGCAACAACAGCCUGUUCCUGCAGUACUCCAAAAACCCAUUGCGGGAGUUUCUCCAGAAGGGCCUGUGCGUGUCGCUGUCCACCGACGACCCCAUGCAGUUCCACUACACGAAGGAAGCGUUGAUGGAGGAGUAUGCCAUCGCGGCUCAGCUCUGGAAACUCAGCACCUGCGACUUGUGCGAGAUCGCCAGAAACAGUGUGCUGCAAAGUGGCCUGUCUCACCAGGAGAAGAAACACUUCCUGGGCUCCAACUACCUGCAGGACGGCCCCGAGAGCAACGACAUAGGACGCACAAACGUGGCGCAAAUCCGCAUGGCGUACCGCCACGAGACACUGUGCAACGAGCUCAGCUUUUUAGUCGACGCUGUCAAAGCGAAUGCCGCAAUUCAAGUGGUGGAGUGACACGUGUUUGCACGUUUUGACAUUUUGUUAAAAAUCCUCUUUGAAUUGGUGUGAGUUGCAUUCGUUGACGAAUUGAGUUUUUACUUCUUCUUUUUUUACUGAAAACUUGAGCACAUUCAACCUUAGGUAUCCAAAGACGACUUUUCACACUGAAUUGACAUAUGCACGAUUUUAAGAAUAGUGUGGAUGAUUUUUACUGUGAUGUUUUGUAAAUAAAGGA